UGAUUAGUUCUAGUCGAAGGCGGGGAUGGAAACAUGGAAACUUGACUGAUAAACUGACAAUGUGUAGUCUGUAGUUGUUAUUGUUUAACUACUUCCACAGUUUAACAUGGUUUUUAUUUAUUUAUUGUGAAUACAAUAACUCAGCUUGUUUAUUCUUCUACAACAAACUCAUCACAAAUCAUGAAUGCUCUGUUAGAUUACGGUUCAUCCUCCAGUGGUUCCGAAGAAGAAUCAACAGAACAUGAAAAAUCUGCGGCUGAGAGUUUGAAGCCGAAACUUCCUAAACCGACGAUCGGGGAAAGUAGCCUACAAACUUCGGUUUUUUCGAAUCCCUUCGUGGAAGCAGAAUUAGCAAAGGCGGCAAUACUCGAAAAACAUGUUAAAAUGGUUCCAGGUAAAGACAACACACAGAUGAUAAAUGGAAAACGGAUAUGCUGGAACUACAGGAAAGGCCGCUGCCGCUUCGGACACAAUUGCAAGUAUGCUCACGACACUGAUAUACAAAAGUCUAGUGAAGAGAUAGAAGCAGAUAAACAGAAACUGAAAUCAGUAGUGUGCGAAGGUGCGGGUACAAUGACAUCUGCCCCACCACCUGUAGCUGUACUCGACCAAUCAACCCCAACAGAUGAUGCCACCUGGGAGGGUGGAGUAGACAAAAAAAAACUGAAGAGACCAGGCCUCAGCCAAACUCUAGUACCAGGGAAGAAAGUAAUCAAAAUGUAUAAAGAGCAAAAAAUCAAAGAUGCUAAUAAAAAUUAAAUGUUAACUACUUUUAAGAUCGCUGUAUAUGCGACAUUGUUGGUAUUUGUUUGACUUUGGUUUCUGCAGACCUAAGAAGCAGAAUUUAUCGCACAGAAUGAACUGUGCUUGAUGCUUAUGAACACAAUAGAAUUGCUACUUUUCGUCCUGAACUCAAACAUUAGUUGCUACAAUAUAUUUUGUAGUUUUGAACUCUCGCACAUUUAGUUCUAGAUGCACCUCACCAUCACUCAAGUCAUAAUGAAGUUUAAUAAUAUUUUUUAUAUACGUAUAUAUGUACGUCAUCUGUAUACGAAUUAACUAAAUAAAUCUAAAUAUAUCGCCUCUGCCUUAAAAAGGGUUAAGAUAAAAAUUACCAGUCUUGUUGCAUAUACAGUAACAAUUUUUAACCUAAGCUAUAUCUCUUGCAUUCCAUAUCCGUGUAUCGUAAUUAUUAAUAAAUAUAAAUCAAAGUUCUUUGUGUUAGUCCAUAACAAGCAAAUGUAAUCAAAAUGAUCAUGUCAACUAUACUGUAAAAUAUUUUUCGGGAUACAUAAAGUAUGACGUAUGACAACUAUAAUCGUUUAAGACUUUAAACUAAUUCUGCAUUAACAUUGUAAAUAAAGUUGGGCAAUAAACUUUUA